GUCACACACAAAUUCUACUGCUACUGUUUCUUCCUCCAUUUUUCAAUGGCUUCCAUUGUUACUUCUACUGCUCUUCUUUCUUCAUCAAACCCUAGGGUUUUUGCUUCUGCUUCUGCUUCUUCUGCUUUGCCCAAAUUGCCUUCGUUUUCUCAGUCGACAAUUGUUCCUUCUUCUUCAUCUUUCAAUGGACUCCGCAGCUGCAACACUUCAGUUUCUCGUAUCAACAAAUCCCGAUCCUUCGUCGUUCGUGCCUCUAGUGAAGUCCCUCUUGUUGGAAAUAAAGCACCAGAUUUUGAGGCUGAGGCUGUUUUUGAUCAAGAGUUCAUCAAGGUCAAACUUUCUGAGUAUAUUGGGAAGAAAUACGUGAUUCUCUUUUUCUACCCUCUGGACUUCACUUUUGUUUGCCCGACAGAGAUUACUGCUUUCAGCGAUCGUUAUGAAGAAUUUAAGAACGUGAACACAGAAAUACUGGGUGUCUCGAUAGACAGUGUGUUCUCUCACCUUGCCUGGGUCCAAACUGAUAGGAAGACUGGUGGUCUUGGUGAUCUGAAUUAUCCAUUAAUUUCAGAUGUGACAAAGUCAAUUUCAAAAUCUUACAAUGUGCUGAUACCGGAUCAGGGAAUUGCGUUGAGAGGACUGUUUAUCAUUGACAAGGAAGGAGUUAUUCAACACUCCACCAUUAAUAACCUUGCAAUUGGUCGAAGCGUUGAUGAAACACUGAGAACACUUCAGGCAUUGCAAUAUGUUCAGGAGAACCCAGAUGAGGUAUGCCCAGCCGGGUGGAAGCCUGGUGACAAGUCAAUGAAACCAGAUCCUAAAGGCAGCAAAGAAUACUUUGCAUCCAUAUAAGUCGAUGAGAUGAUGGCUGCAGUAUGUCUAUUUGUUUGUUGUUAAGUGAGAUCGUAGAGUUCUGUAACUUUUUUCUCUCGACCUACCUGCUUCGAGUUUUGAGCAUUUUUCUGAAUAUUGUAUGACCAAAUCUUUCUACAUAUUCUGAACUUAGAUCAUAGAUUGAUAAUGACAGCUUGUAAAAGGAUGGUUCUUAAAACUUCUAUGUUUGAAAUUAGUCACUUGUGUCAA